UGAUCCUUUGUCAUGGGAAGACUUCACUCUGCUGGUUCUUACAGAGAGAGAGGGAGAGAGAGAGAGAGAACUUCCACACCACCAGACACUUUCCAGAGAACUUCUAACCAUGUAACUGGAACAGAAAACAGAGGUCUGGAGAAUGAACUCAUGCUGAUUGAUUGUGUGACUGUGUAAAAGGAUACCCUGCUUCCUGUAGGCCCUCUCUCCAGACAGCAGCACCAGAGAUUCUUGGAUCAGCCAUCUAUGUCUGGAACAAAUUGCAGAGGGCCUGGCUUAAUCCUGCAUCCUCAGAGUAAAUCAGCAAAAGGACGUCAGUGAGAUGAACAGCAUGCUUCCUCAAAGGAGUGCUGUAGCCACGCUGGGCUACAGUUCAGACUGUGUGAAGGCUGAGCACAGCAGCAGUGGCUCAGUGGGAGGGACGCUGCUGAGGGGCUCGCGUUCUAAGGCAGAGCUACAGGAACUGAUGGAGACACUGCAGCGCAGGAAGAGUGCUUUGGAGGCCAGCUUGAGAGCAGCAGAGUGCAACCGAAAGUAUCUCAACGUGCCUUCACCUGUUGGAACCCAGUCCUCAAGGCCGUUGUCAAUCCUCAGUAACACUGAGCGCCCUCCAACUGCCCCUCGCAACUUCUCUUUUAUGACCAGCAGCAGUGUCCCUCCGUCACCUCGGCAAGGCGAACGCCAGCUUAGCAAAAAUGGCUUGCUCCGUCAUUCCCACUUUCAUCACCAGUCACAAGACAGUCUAUUUCUCUCGAAUGCUGCAGAUGGAAGCUCUGUGCUCUCUUCCUAUGGGGAACCCAUACCUUGUUCUCCCAGGGUCAAAAGUGGAGCUGCCAGUAUGCCGUCCAGCCCUCGAAUGGGCCGCAGGCUCUACUCUCAGGGCAAAGCUGGAGGAGAGUCACGACAGAGGAAAUACUCCACUGGCUCACUCAACAACCUGGGCACACACAGCCGUUCACUGCCACGGCUUCACAACGCAGCAGAACCCCCUGUUCUGUCACUACCAUCACGCCAUUCAAUGGGUUCCCACAGAGGAGUAGUCUCAGCAGGACAGCGUCGCAGUCUCUCCUCCUUAGAGCAGCCACCAGAUGUGACAGUGCCAGCCAGCAUGCCUAGCACACCCAGGAGGGCCAGUCUGGCCUCUCUGGGCUCUCUGGGUGUUGACAUUGAUGGAGCAGGCUUAGAUCUGAGCUUUGGAGAGAGGAGGUUGUCCUUUGGAAAGGGUGGGUUGAGUCCAGGACAGAGAGUAGGCAGCAUCACUUCUUUGAAUGGUAAAGAGGAGCUGAGAGAUUACCACCAGCACCAAAGAGAUGAGAGACUCAGGGAGCAGAAAGUGCAGAGACUGGAAUGCCAGCGUCUGGAGACCAUCUUAAACCUGUGCACCGAGCUGGGCCAGGUAGCAAGAGAGCCAGCAGGCUCAGCUGUUACUGACCUGCAGAAGAUCAAUAAGGAGUUGGAGAAGCUGCAAGUGUCAGAUGAUGAGUCAGUGUUCUCUGACUCCCCCAGCAGCACUGCUCAUGAGAGCUGCUUUGGGGCCAAAGCCAGAGACUUACAGCUCUCUGAGGAACAGCAGGGCAACCAGCGUCAGCAAAGUAGCUACAGAGAGGCUAGAUCGCUCUCACCAGCUAUCAACCUGAACAGCAGUACCCCAUCACCCUCUACACAACAUAGAGCCAAAGCCUUGGAGAGUGUGCAGCUGAAACAGGAAGUAACGCAUAUAGAGGAAGAAAGAAUUCAAGUUCUGAACAACAUAGAAGAGCUGGAACAAAAGAUUAAGGACCUGGACAACCAGAUGGAGGAGUCUCUUCGAGAGAUGGAGGUGGAGUGUGCACUGCUGGAAGGAGAACAAGAGUCUGAGAUGGUGCAGCUGCAGAAGGAAAAGGAGCUACUGGAUGAACUCAAAGGAAAAAUUCAUAACAUUGAGAAGACGAGCGAUGCAGACAAGUCGCAGAAAGCAGGGGAAGAGCCAAAAAGUAUGGAGGAUUUUGAGUUUCAGAAGCUGGAAAGAGAAAUUAAGCAGGAUGAGGAAAAAGAGAAUCAGAGCCAGGAGCUGCUGCGAGAGAUCGCAGAGUGCCAGCGGCUUACUGUCACCCGCAAGGAAAGACUCAUGACACUGAAGAAACAGUCCUCACAGAUCACUCUACAGGCUCAGCAAGAACGAGAGAAUUUCCAAAAAGAGAAAAACAAUUUGCUCAUUAUGCUUCAAAAGGAGAGAGAGAAACUAGUGUCGCUGGAAGGAAAGUAUGCAGAGCUGUCUGAGGGGCAAACCUUUACUAACAACCCUGUCACCAUAAAAGAGCACUUGCAUUCCCUGAAAGAAAAACGGAGAAGCAGCAAAGAAAACUCUUCCCACCCCAGUGACGGCCUGUCCCAUAAGAGGAGUCAGCAGCUCCUCACCUCGUAUGGCAGAUCUCUGGGACGCACGCUUCCUCCAAAGGCUCACCUGCCUUUGUCCCAAAGCUCCAGCUGUGGCAGUGUCAUCCCACAAAGUUUCACGUUCUCCCUUCGGGAGAUGAACACCCGCCGCCUGCCCAAGACAGGUAACAGCCAUGCACACAUGAAUGAAGACAGGCAGAGACAAAGUGAUUUUUGCAGCAGAAUGGUGUCCGAGCCCAACAUGUUCAUGGAGUCUAUGUUCUCAUACCCGGACAACAGCCAGGCCUCAGACACCGUCAGUGUGGACAGCUCUGACAGCCUGGAGACCAGCUUCUCUGCCUGCUCUCCAGACAACAUCUCCAGCGCCAGUACAUCCAACAUGGCGAAGAUUGAGGAGAUGGAGCGCUUACUCCGAGAGGCACAGGCUGAGAAACAAAGACUCCUUGAGCAUCGUGAGCGAGAGAUGGAGAUGCGUAGGCAGGCUCUGGAGGAUGAGAGAAGAAGAAGGGAGGAACUGGAGAAACGCCUGCAGGAGGAGACAAGUAGAAGACAGAAACUUGUAGAGAGAGAAGUGAAGCUCAGAGAGAAACAGAGAUCCCAGUCCCGGCUGCUGACUCGCUACCUCCCUGUCAGGAAAGAUGACUUUGAUCUUCAUGGCCAUAUCGAAGCAGCUGGACACAACCCAGAUGCCUGCUUCCACCUGGCCAUCACUGAUAAAACCUGUCGAGGAUUCCUGGUCAAAAUGGGAGGCAAAAUCAAGACAUGGAAGAAACGCUGGUUUGUGUUUGACCAGAAUCGCAGGACCCUCACAUAUUAUGCAGACAAGCAUGAGACCAAGAUGAAAGGCGUCAUUUAUUUCCAAGCCAUAGAGGAGGUGUACUAUGACCAUUUAAAGAAUGCACACAAAAGCCCCAACCCCUCGCUGACCUUCAGUGUGAAGACCCAUGAUCGUGUGUACUACAUGGUGGCUCCUUCUCCUGAAGCCAUGCGUAUCUGGAUGGAUGUUAUUGUAACGGGUGCUGAAGGACACAUGCAUUUCAUGGUGUAACAGCAAACACACAUACACAUGUCAUGUAGGGCUCACAUGGAUCAGGUCAACAAAGAUUAGCCUCUGUUUACAUUUGUAACAUAAUCACAUAAUUUGUGACAUGUGCUAAAUGCACACUAUACCUGUGUAAUGUAAUCGUGUAUGAAGAGAUUCAAAAAUAGAUAUACAAACUUCAAAAUUAAGCUAUUUAAUGGUUUUAGUUUCCUUGUCCUAAUAUAAAAUCUCUGCCCUGAACAUCCUCUUCCUGUCAUGUGUGGCUGUGUUCUGUGAAAACUGAAUCAGGGAAGAUUCUAUCUUAGUAUCUGCUGUUUUCUAACCUGCGAUACAGACUGGUGAUGCUUCUCUCAAACAGAAUAUGUGUCUUGUAGCUUUUUACAAACUCUAGUUUCUUAUAAUUUACCAAUUUGACAUGCCCAGUUCUUUUUCUAUGCCUUAUCUUCUUCUGUCCUCUCUGCUUCCAGUUGGACUGCAUCUUUUCAGUCUUUCUUUAUCUCACUAAAAUGUAUUUCCUCUGAAUGUAAUUAUGACUGCCAUUUUCCCCUGAUGAGAUAAUCUCUUUACUGGUCCCCCCCCCCCAUUUUUUUUUAGUGUAACUGAGAUUUUACAUUUCAGUAUUUUCACCAACUGUUCAUAAUAUUCAAAUGAAAGUAGUUCUUUCGAGUCUAUAUCAUUUAAUUGAAUUUGAUUGCUGCUGCCAGGCUACCAGCAUAAGCUGAUAUUGUCUGCUUACCUAAAGUAGGGCUGAAUGGCUGUAUUCCUUCAAAAUAGAUACAUUUCUAUUUCCGUCACUUUCAUUGAAGGGAAUUUUAAUUUUCCUCGCACAUGCUUGUUUAAUUUCUGAAGGGAAGUUAUUACGACACUUUUUUAUGUUUAUUAUGAUGGAUUUCAAACUGUUCUGUUCAUAGAACGAUAAAAUAGCCCAGAUAAAACACAGCCUGCGUUUCAUGCCGACCACUGUGCAGCUAGCUCCCUCUGUCUGUGGUGGACUGCAGGUCUGAUCGGAUGAUGCCAUGUUGUGCAGUACUGAUGCUGUGCAGUACCUACCGCAUAACCCAUGUUCUACAACACUAAACCAUUUCAUUAUGUGUUUUCACCAGCAGAGGUCCUCAGUGCACAGUGAAUGCACUGGAAUGACGUAAUGCUGUCUGUUUGGCACAUACGGGCUUACACUAUAUACUGAUCAGGCAUAACAUUAUGACCACAGACAGGAGAAAAACAGUUUAGGAACAACAAAAAAGAUGAAGAACAGCACAAGGUGUUGACCUGGCCUCCAACUUCAUUAGAUGCCAAACUGAUCA